AUGGAGGCGAUGCCAGGACUAAACUUCCGUCCCGGUCAUGGAGUUCAGAAAGCCAUCUUUGAAAGGUUCGGUUGCCCUGUUUCCCCACUCGAGUUCUCUCGGACUCAGUUCUUUUUGGUUGCUUCUUUUGGUCGGUGUAAGUUUCAGUUAUCGAAAUUUUCAGUCGGUCUUCUUCUCCAGGCCACCAUUGGUGGUUCUGCCUCUGCUUUUGGUGUUUUUCAUCUAGCCCCUAGAGUUUUUCGCUUCUCUGUUUCUUCCAGAAGCGUUGGCUUCCAUGUUUCCAAGCUCAUCAGCUUUGAGUGUGCUGCAUACAAAGUAUACUUCCACCUUUGGAGCCAUGGUGGUCCGCGUUGGCAAUCAGAACUUGCAGCUUUUACCAAAGAAGAAGAAGACUCUUGGUCAGAGGCUAGAAAGCAAGCUAAGGGUAAAGCUCAACGCUCUUUUGCUGAGAUUGUGAAAUCAGGCAUUCUAACUGGGGCCAAUAGCAUUCCAUUGCGUCGAUCAGCUUUUGAUCGUCUCAUUUUUCCAGCCACCGCAAAUAGUUCUUCUCAGGCGACGGCGACGGCCACCGUUUCCCGACCCACUCAAGCGAAGGUUCACUGGGGGUCAACAGUCUUCCAGAACUGUCAGAAACCAGGGUCAAAUGGUCAACAGACCUUUGAAUUUGAAUUUAAGCUUAAACAAUGGCCAACCCCCAACCACCCAGUAUCUAUCACGCAGAGCAAUUCCUGGGAUAUGUUCUCGUUGCCUCUCAGACAGACACUCAAGAAGCCAGUGCAAAUCUCUGAUAAAAUGCUUCCAGAAGCAUAUUGCUGA